GCAUUUUUAGAGAGUAGCCAUUCCAUAGUGUUCGCCGAGGACCUCGUGUACCUAAAUUAACUUUGUUGUGAUUUAAAUGAAAAAUAGAAAUCAUAAAUAGUGCGUAUUAAUAUUUACUGUAUAUAUACAAAGUGAAUAUGAAAGUUGAAAGAAUAUGGCGUGAUAGUUUUGGAAUAUCAAGUGUUUGAUUUUAUGAUUGCUUCGGAUAGUUUUGCGGUCGGCCACUGCAUGUUAGACAUUGCAAUUCAAGAACAGUAAAAGUAAAUACGCAAUGAAAAGGCGUAUGACUAGAACGCGCUUUGCUCCCGUUAAAAAUUAACUGAAGUGAAAGAACCCGAAACAUUUGGAAUAUAAACUUAUUGUGAAGUUAAAACUUUAUAUGAAAAAAAUAUUGCAGUUGCGAAAAAUAACUAAAAGCGAAACGCCAUUAGUGCCGCCUUUCUAGAGUUACCAACAAAAUUAUUAUAUGUGCAUAUAAGUUGAUGAACUGAGAAAAGGUACAUGCAUUAAAGCUAAAAAUUAUAUUACGAGUUAAGCCAAAUUAUGAUUACGAUUCUUUAAAGGGUUGUAAUGCAACAUAAUUAAAUAAAUUUUAGCAUGUAAAUAUAGUUUAAUACGUAAAAAAGACUAAUGAAAAAGUGAGCAAAUAGUUUUUUUUUUUUUGUAAGGAAGCGCAAGCAACCUAUAGUGCAAGAAACUGUGUAAGACAAGACGAGCAAAGCGCAGAAGGCACAGACAGCCAAAAGGCUAGAAAGCAUAAAACAGCCAUUAUUCCUUUCUACAGGACGAAUUAAAUGUGAAAGCUAAGACUAAGACGUUUGGCUAUUAGAUUUGCUAUUCCAGGAACAUAUCUAGAUGGCAAUGACGCAGAGUACGGCAUUUAUAAAAGGAGGUUUAAUUUUUUCGAGGUGAAGUAGCGGAGCUGCAGAACUAAGACAAUAGCAAUAUCGACGUUCUACGAUUCUUGUGAGGUGUUUAGAUACCCCUAGGCUACAUAUUACGAGAACGAUCGCAGUAAAACAAAAAGAUAUUGGGAAGUGUAUAAGUCACAUUUCAUGUUGACUUUUCUCCUGACUAAUCAAGGAAUUAACAAAAAUUUGAACACCUGUAUUUGGAAUAUUGUUUGGUAAGCGGGAAAUUACCAGCAGCAUUAUAGCUGACCAACAACUCUACCAUAGGAUCGCCUUUUGACCACAACAACAACAGCAGCAGCAGCAGUCAGAGCAGUUGUGUGGUGUAGUGCGCAAAAUGUAUCCUGCACCGGUGCGUCAUCCCUCGGCGGGGGGGCCACCACCUCAGGGCCCAUUGAAGUUUACAAUUGUUGACACACUUGAACGUAUCAAGGAGGAAUUCAACUUUCUACAAGCACAAUAUCAUACAUUAAAAUUGGAGUGCGAAAAGCUUGCCAAUGAGAAAACCGAAAUGCAACGCCAUUAUGUUAUGUACUACGAGAUGUCAUAUGGCCUUAAUGUUGAAAUGCACAAACAGACGGAAAUUGCUAAGCGUUUGAAUACUUUGAUAAAUCAGCUGAUACCAUUUUUACAAGCCGAUCAUCAACAACAGGUCUUAAAUGCUGUGGAGCGCGCGAAACAAGUUACAAUGCAGGAAUUAAAUCUGAUCAUAGGGCAAAUACACGCACAACAAGUGCCCGGUGGACCGCCACAACCGAUGGCCGGCUUAGCGCCACUAGCUGGCCCAUUCGGUGCUUUGGGCGCUUCAAUGGGCUUGCCACACGCGCCACAAGGCCUGCUGAAAGCACCAACAGACCAUCAUCGUCCCGACAUCAAGCCAACCGGGUUGGAUGGGCCAGCUGGCGCUGAAGAGCGUUUGCGCAAUUCAGUGUCACCAGCUGAUCGUGAGAAAUAUCGCACACGUUCACCAUUAGACAUCGAAAAUGAUGUGAAGCGUCGAAAAGACGAGAAACUACAAGAGGAUGAAGGAGAGAAAAGCGAUCAAGAUUUAGUCGUAGAUGUUGCAAAUGAAAUGGAAUCCCAUUCGCCACGUCCGAACGGCGAACACAUGUCAAUGGAAGCGCGCGAUCGUGAAAGUCUGAACGGCGAACGUCUCGAUAAGCCGGGCAGCAGUGGUGUCAAACCGCCAACUGAAAGACCACCAUCACGUUCCGGUUCCAGUUCGUCACGUUCAACUCCCAGCCUAAAAACUAAAGAUAUGGACAAGCCAGGCACACCGGGCGCCAAGGCACGCACUCCCACCCCAAAUGCUGCCGCACCAGCACCGGGCGUAAAUCCCAAACAGCUGAUGCCACAAGGUGGUCCACCGCCAGCCGGUUAUCCAGCCUCACCGUAUCAGCGGCCUGCUGACCCCUAUCAGAGGCCACCAUCCGAUCCGGCAUACGGUCGACCACCACCACUACCCUACGAUCCGCAUGCGCACGUACGAACAAAUGGCAUUCCACAUCCUCAAGCGUUAACUGGUGGAAAGCCUGCUUAUUCGUUUCACAUAAAUGGUGAAGGCAGCUUGCAACCGGUGCCGUUCCCUUCAGAUGCACUGGGCGGCGUCGGUAUACCACGACAUGCCCGUCAAAUUAACACUCUAUCGCACGGCGAAGUUGUGUGUGCCGUCACCAUUUCGAAUCCCACGAAGUAUGUUUACACAGGCGGCAAGGGCUGCGUCAAAGUUUGGGACAUCUCACAGCCGAAUAAUAAAAAUCCAGUCAGCCAAUUAGACUGUCUGCAACGUGACAAUUAUAUACGCUCCGUGAAAUUACUGCCCGAUGGUCGUACGUUGAUUGUGGGCGGCGAGGCGUCCAAUCUCUCCAUAUGGGAUUUGGCCAGUCCGACGCCACGCAUUAAAGCCGAACUGACAUCGGCAGCGCCGGCUUGUUAUGCGUUAGCCAUCAGUCCCGAUUCAAAGGUGUGCUUCUCGUGUUGUAGUGAUGGCAAUAUAGCUGUCUGGGAUCUACACAAUGAAAUACUGGUGCGCCAAUUCCAAGGGCACACUGAUGGCGCCUCAUGCAUCGACAUCAGCCCGGAUGGUUCACGCCUGUGGACUGGCGGGCUAGAUAAUACGGUGCGCUCAUGGGAUUUGCGUGAGGGUCGCCAAUUACAACAACACGAUUUCAGUUCUCAAAUAUUCUCGCUUGGCUACUGUCCGACAGGGGAAUGGCUUGCUGUGGGUAUGGAGAAUUCACAUGUCGAAGUAUUGCACGCAUCCAAGCCUGACAAAUAUCAGCUGCAUCUACACGAAAGCUGUGUGCUCUCGUUACGUUUUGCCACCUGCGGCAAAUGGUUCGUCUCCACAGGCAAGGAUAAUCUAUUGAAUGCCUGGCGAACACCUUAUGGCGCUAGCAUAUUCCAGUCGAAAGAAACUUCAUCCGUACUUAGCUGCGACAUAUCAACCGAUGACAAAUACAUAGUGACGGGUUCCGGCGACAAAAAGGCAACGGUUUACGAAGUUAUUUACUAAUAUGUUUUCUUUUGUACAUUUUUGCUAUCACCUGAAGAAGAACGCUCGUUUUCUAUGCGCAAACAGUUAUAUACCCACACAGCAGCAAUCACAUAUUGUCACACACACUCAUAGACGUGCAUGCAAACCAAAUUGUGAAAAUAAGUUGCAUAAAAAUGUAAAAUGUAUGUGAGCGCGAAACCGAAUGCGAAUGCCGAAUCGAAAGGGCAAAGAACAUAAAAAAUCGUCUUAUAAGGACUUUGGUAUGUCUCAAGAAAAGUAAAGCAGAAUAAGCAAAGAAUAAUAAAAAUAAAAUACAUGAGUAGUAAGAGCACAGAAAAUUUGGGCAUAAGAGUGAAUAUUCAUAUAAACCGACGUACAUGGAGAAAAUGGCGAUGUGUAGCUGAACGUAAAAAGCAAAUAGUGGUUAAAGUAAAGAUUAACAAAAGCAAAAAAGGAAUAAGAGAAACGAAAAAGUAAAAUUGAAAAUAAAUAAUUAUAAAUAAUAACAUAAACAAAUUGUAGAUUAUAAGUAAUUUUAAGUAAACUAAAGUUAAAGAGACAAGAAAAAAGCAUAAAAAUUAACGAAAAAACUAAGCAUAUAAACGCGCAGAAAGAGUAAAAGCAGAAAGUUAUUAAUGUAUAAUGAGAUAGAACAAAAAAAACCACAAAAAAAAAAAAAAAUGUAGAAACACCUUAAGCUAAGCAGACGAAAACAAAGCAUGGGCUGCAAGAAAAAAAAUCGCAGCACAGAAAGCAAAAAAAUUUGCUUAUUUGUGUAGAGCUGGGUUAAAAGUGAGCCAUGUGGUGGAGACGGAGUAAAGUGGAGAUUGUUGUUAUAUGUUGGCAACUGACAGCUGGCAAGCAGAUAGUAGCGGUUACGAGAAUUGAAGGCAAAAGCACAGGCUCCAUCAACUGCAAAAAAGCCCUGAUUUGUAAGGCAAAAGAUUUUAUAUUUACACAUUGUUGUUAAUUGCUUGCAGUUGGUUAGGUGUAGCUAGUGGUGGCGUGUAGCAAUUAUAACACUGUAGUUGAAUCUACACUACCGGUACAAUUUGGAUUUAAUUUCGGCUAAGGAUUUUGCUGUUACAACAACUACGCCAACAGUAACAGCAACAACGAUCAGUGACAUUUCCACUACCAAUCCAACAACAACAACCAACUUAAGAAACAUUUUGUUAGCACAUAUUGUAUUUUAUUAAUGUAUAAUUAUGCAAGUGACUAAAGAAAUGAAAUGUAGAAAAACGAAAAAAAAACCAAACAAAAAACGUGAAAUAACAAACAAACGAAAUAUUAUAAUUAAAAUUUCUUAUGUUCA